UGACAAUCAUACCAAAACAAUUGGUUAUGUUUUUCGAAUAAACAGGGCAAGGAUUUCAAGUUUCUAAGUUAAUUAUUCUUUUGAAACCUACUUUUAUUUACCUUAGAAGAUUUUAAGAAAACUUGCUCAAAAUGGACACUCAAGAAGAUUACUUUUGCAGCUACGAAGACUUCGAGGUUCACAGGUUAAUGAUUGACGAUGAGCCUCGAACACGUGCCUAUCAGAAAGCCAUAUUGGACAAUAAAGCCUACUUCAAAGACAAAGUUGUUAUGGAUGUGGGCUGUGGUACAGGAAUUCUUUCCAUAUUUUGCGCCCAAGCUGGAGCGAAGAAAGUGUACGCUGUUGAAGCAAGCAGUCUUGCUAGUGUAGCUAAGGACAUUGUCAAGGAGAAUAAGUUUGAAGAAGUCAUUGAGGUGAUACACAGUAAAGUAGAAGAUGUGGUUCUACCCAACAACAUCAAAGUAGAUGCCUUAGUAUCUGAGUGGAUGGGUUUCUAUCUCUUGCAUGAAGGCAUGCUGGAUUCUGUGCUAUUUGCCAGGCACAAGUUCUUGAAGGAAGGUGGGGAGAUGUUUCCAGAAACUGCUACUAUUUAUGUAGCUCCAUGUAGUGUUAAAUCAUUGUACCAAAAAUGGGACAAUGUGUAUGGAGUCUCAAUGUCAGCAUUCGGCAAGCAGCUUCGAGCGAGUAAGUGCAACAAGCCAGAGGUCCUGACCAUCGGAGCUGAUGAGCUCCUGGGAGAGGAGGUGGCUAUGGCCUGGAUCAAUUUGAAGGAAGAUAUGCCGGAAGAUUUGGAUUCAUACAGCAUACAGCAUGUUGUUGCUGCUAGCAAAGAAGGAUCCUACCAAGGCAUCUGCGUAUGGUUUGAUUGCACAUUCCCCGAGCUAUCCAGUGAAGUUGGCAGAGAAGUGCUAAGCACUAGUCCUUCUAGCCCGGAGACCCAUUGGAAACAGACUGUUAUUGUACUGCCAGAUCAACAGGAGGUGGAGGCAGCAGAGCCUAUUGCGUUUCAACUCGAUAUGAAUAGGGACCAGUUGAAUGGGAGAAGAUACAACCUCCAGCUAACAAUGCAAGACCCCAACGAAGUCGAACACCCGCUACCCUGCUCCUGUGACAUGACGAAAUGCAUCCUAAUAAAAACGUUCAUGAGCCAAUCGCAGCAAAACGCCGCACAAGUCAAUCUGGCGUCGGGCGGUUUGGUGGAAGAGGACAUUGACGAUGAUAUGGAGGCGGGGGAUAGCUGAAAUAAAAAGGUUUUGAUAUGAA